UCGUUGUUGUUGUGUUGAUCAAUGUACAAAACACAGGGGGGAUGACGUUUUGUAUAAGAAUAGGAACAUGCUGCAACAACCACUUUCUGAUCAACUUUAUGUUCCAACUGUUGUCGUCGCCUCUGCCGGCCGGUAUAUCUUCAUGGCAUACAUAAAUGCAAACAUCUGUCUCAGCUGUUUUGUUUGGGUUUUAUCUUGCAUACCUCUCUCUAUCGAAAAAAAAAAUAAUAAUAAUAAAGAAGACAAGCAAGGAGGGGUGGUUAGUUACCCUUAUGCUAGCUAGCUAUGAAGGCUGGGCUCUGUGCCCCUUGCUUUAAACUGCAGUUAUGGUCGACUAUACACAAGUUGUUAUCAUACGAGACAUGACAAAGUAAGUCAGUCGGAUUAUAGAUGAGCUUGUGUACGCAUCUCUUCGAGGAAAUUAAAGAGACUCCAAAGAGGAAACUAAAUCACCAGUAAAGUAUAGAUAGAGAAGAUGUCCGGAAAACUAAUAAUGAAACGCAAAAUGGAUAAACACCAGACUCAAACGACAGCGACAUCAUCAUCAUCAUCAUCACCUUUGCCAGCCCAAGCGCCAGUCGAUGAAGUUGACAGUGAAAAGCUAGACCCUACACAACAAAAAGUAUCCAAUGAAAUGGAGGAUUGCCGCAAUAUCAAUGACUGCAACGACAAUAGUUGCAGUACAUCAACUCUGCAACCAUUAAGUAAGCGCUUACGCUGUGAUACCCCACCUCCAGAGCCAGAAGAUGUUUUGCAUCAGCAUAUUGUAGUUGAGCCAAACAAUGAAGACUUUGCCAAUAAUCAACGAAAUCGUCAACUACUGGAAGCCAUACAAGCAAAAAUGUUAGAGCUCCAACAAGAACUGGAUGAUUUCGAAGAGGAUUUUGACGAGUUCUAUGAUCCUCAACCAGCAGCCCCCAUCGACCAAAAUAUCAUGUCCGAUGAAGAUGCUCGAGCCUUGGGCUACGCCAUGUGUGCCCAGGAAACAAUAUUAUUUUUACAACGCGAAGGCAUAUCACCAGAAAGUCUGCUCUAUACACGUUUGCGUGAUGCUCUUGUUGGUCGUGAAACCAACGAUCAUGUAUUUAAAACAUAAAGCGAUCUAUCAACGCCAUCAACAAUCGUCGUCAAUUUCUAGUCAUUUGUUUCCGGGAAACAGAGAACAACUAACAAAGAGGAACAACCCAGCUCUAGUCAUCAUUCUCUAUUAAGUUAAACUUAAGAAAGGAAUAAUUAUAGUAUUUUGAGGGAACAUGUCUGAUUUUAUUGUACAUAUCGUCACUUUGAACUUUAAUGCGAGCCUCUUGUAGUAGACAUCCUCAAACCAAAUCAUUCAGAUAUGAAUAUGAAUAACGAAUCCUUCGUUUGGAUAGUUUGAAAAGGCACGCUCUAUUGGAAGUAAACUAUACAUGGGUACUUAAAAUGUCUAAUCUUUAUAUAUUAAGCAAAUUUUAUAGUUUGUAUAAAUACAUAUAGGUUUUUAU